AUGAGUGAUCACAAUCAAUAUUAUAAUAUGUCUCAUAAUUCUAAAAAUAAUUCAUUUCUCGAGAAUGAAGACGUUAAAGAAAGUGAUGAACUGCUCAUUGAUGCGGUGAGGGCAUACCCACAUCUUUAUAACCACCAAGAUCGUAAUUUUAAAGACAAUUUAAUGAAGGAAAAUUCGUGGAAAGAAAUAGCCUUAGCGGUAAAAAUGUCAGCUUCGGAUUGUCAAAACCGAUGGGUAAGGCUUCGUGAAAAAUUCGGUAAAGAGAGACGUCAAAGGGAAUUGGAUUCAAGAAGUGGUAGUGGAGUUAGUCGGCGGAAUGGUUUUAUAUAUUACGAAAAUAUGUUAUUUCUCAAUAACCAUAUUAAAACAAGGAAGUCCCAUACAAACGUUUCAAAUUGGAAAUGUCUACAGACAAUAGAAGUCACAACAAAUAAGCCUGACACAGACAUCUCGUCAGCGAUUUCACCACCCAUAAUUAAAAAAAGUAGACAAGAAACGAAUCUUUCAAUGGACAGUGUAAUCAUUGAAAGUACGGAACCCUCAACCUCCAAAAUCGCCUCACAACUCUCAAAAGAUGAAGUACUAAUCCAACCGUGUGCAAAUUUUUUAACACCAUUUAAAGAAAAUUUCUUGUCAAACACUGGUCCUAUUUCAUCAUCAAUGACAUCACUCGAAAAUGAUCACUCAAGUGGUUCAACUGGUUCACUUUGGCAUUUUCAAGAUGUAUCUGAUAAUCUUGAAUCUGAUGAAUUGACAAGAAGCUCUGUGUUUUCAACACGAGAGUCAACAUCUUCUCCAGCACCUAAAGUUUUUCAAACUACUCCACUGUCACGAAAACCAUUGAAGAAAAAAAAUUACUCGACUGAAUUAGAGAGUUCUCUAAUUUUACUUUGCCAAACUAUGCAUCAACGUUUCCAGGAUAAUCAUAAUUCCGAAGUGAUUGGUGGUCCGGACGAAACUUUUGCAAGAUUAAUCGUAAACCAAUUAGAAAGAUUAUCAUCGUAUGAAAAACAAAAACGACAGCAAGCAAUCAUGCAAAUUUUGUAUGCACCUUAUAAUUCUUGA